AUGAACGAGCGUAGGAUGAGGUUGUUACUGGUGGUAAAUCCAUUCGGUGGUAAAACCAGAUCGGUUCCUACAAAACCUAACAACCCAAAACAACCCCCUAAACCUACAACGGUUCAAAAACCAGAUCGAAUUGUUGCGAAAAGAGGAAUGAGACAGGUUGGUGCUUUAACGUCAGGUGAACGCGGAACCCUCGUUACUCUUACUGUAGCAGUUAAUGCAAUUGGCAAUUCUACACCACCAUUGUUUAUCUUCCCGCACCUUAGAUAUCAAGAUCACUUUGUUAGAGAUGGCCCCUUAGGAUGCAUUGAAGCAGGAAAUGGUAGUGGGUGGAUGCAGGAAAAAGAGUUUGUGAUUUUUUUGAAACAUUUCCAGAAAUAUACAAAUUGUUCUCCCAGUCAGAAGGUUUUAUUAUUACUCGAUAAUCACUCAUCACAUAUAUCUUUACCAGCACUAGACUUUUGCAAAGAAAAAGGUAUUGUGGUCUUGUCAUUCCCGCCACACUGUUCCCACAAAUUACAGCCCUUAGAUCGGGCUGUAUAUGGGCCGUUAAAGAAAGCCGUCAACAUCGCUUGUGACAGUUGGAUGAGGAACCACCCUUCAAAAACCAUGACAAUCUACGAUAUUCCAGGAAUAAUAAAAAUAGUAUUGCCUCUUGCACUCACCCAAACAAACAUACAGGCUGGAUUUAGAUGUACUGGUAUAUGUCCAUUCAACAGGGAUAUUUUCACGGAAUUAGAUUUUGCUCCAUCAUUAAUUACCGAUAGACCAAUGCCUUCCCCAAAUGUUAACGAUAACAUCACUGAAAUUAAAAAUUCCACUAUGGAAGUACAGUCGGAGUUAGAACCACCUACAAGCUCAAUUCAACCAUCUACAAGUAUCAUUCCAGGUUCCACAGACACAGCACUAUCAUCGACAAGCAGAGCUCAACCAUUUACAAUCGUCAUUCCAUCUCCCACAAGCAACGUGCAACCAUCAACCAUCAUCAUUCAACCUUCCACAAGCACUGCACAAAUAAGACGUUCCCUCCAGUUGUAG